UAUUUGUAUACGUUGUUGUCGUGACAGGUUUCUCGACUGUUUUAGCUUCUCUUUGCCGUACUCGUGCUUGUGCAAGACGAGGACGGUGCAUUCGACGCCUAAGGCGGGCAGACGGUGCUCGACAUGAACGAAGCAAGUAAGAAAUACCGAGCAAGGCACUGUUUUGUGACUGGUUGCACAAGUGGAUACCGAUCUGCAAAGGAAAAGCGUGCGUUGUUUUCGGUGCCAAAAGACAGUGGGCUAUUUGUCCAAUGGCAGAGAAAUAUACCUCGCAAAGACAAGGAACUGGAGGCCAAUUCUGUGGUAUGUGAACUACACUUUGACGAGCGUUUCAUCGAUAGGCAUUACGCAGGACGUGUUGUGAUAAACGGAGAAGUUGUGCAAAUGGGGAGGGAACGUCUCCGGCUCAAACCAGAUGCCGUGCCAACGAUUUUUCCAAAUUGUCCAUUCUACCUCUCUAAGAAGCUUCCACAAAAGCGUAAGGAACGCAACUCAGAGGGCUGUGAUAAACAACAGCCCUGCAAAAGGCAACGCACCGAUAACACUGUUGACGUCGCCGCUGUGCCCUCAGUGCUUUUGAACAGAGAGAACUACGAUGAAACGGAUGUGCCUGACGAAACAAGUAACCGAACGUCAGUGAACGUUGACGUAGCUGCAUUAAAACUUCCAUCUGGUGUAUGGAUGCGACACAAUUUUGGCGAAACCACUGUGCUCUCCACCUCCGUGUUGAACAAAGCAGGUAACGAUCUUCUAACCGAGAAGCUCCUGAUCAUCAAAACAAGCUCUCCUGAGAAGACUAUACAGUGCGCGAGGUAUAUGAAAGGGAAGCUUCAUGACAAUUGUGACAUACAGACCAUAGAAGAGCUGCAGAGUCUUCUCAACACGACAGAUGAACUAACGCUUUGCAUUGGAUGCGGUGCAGUAGAUGAGUUUGUCCCUGUCAAUGUCAACAACUCAACCAUUGUGAGUGUCAGAGACGGUCAAGCAAUCAGCAAGAAAUGCAGUCGGAUUGUUGGAGAAAAAGGAAGUGCGUGUCUUCAUUGCAAGUAUGCAAGAAAGUUGCUGUUCACACAAAGGUGCAAAGCAAGAGGAAAAGUUGCACGUGAAGGCGUCACUCUUAAGAUGAUGAGGCAGCGCCUUAUGCGUAGGGACAAGAAAGUACGCCAGCUGAAAGAGGAUAUAUCCGUUCUGCAUGCAAACACAGCUGCAACUGAGGUUUCGGUGCUUGAGAGCAAGAUUAAAGACCUACCUCCCAAGCAGCAACUGGCAGUCAAACACUGCUUUCAGUCAGCUCAGCGGAAGUCCAACAAAGGGAUGCCAUACACAAAGGACUGGGUUCUUGAAUGUAUUAUCAUGAGGAUGAAGAGUCCUAGAUUAUACGAGCACCUUCGACGACAUAAAAUCCUGUGCCUUCCUAGCCCCACAACACUGCGUAGCUACUUGAAAAACUAUAAAAGUGGAUUUGGGUUCAACCCAAACUUAUUCUCUGCCCUUGCAAAAAAGACUGCCACAAUGCAGGAAUUUGAAUGCCAUGGUGGGAUCGUUUUGGAUGAAAUGAAGCUGUCCGAGAACAUCACUGUGACGUCAUCAGGAAAACUGGAUGGUUUUGUUGACCUGGGUCAGUUCACAACUGAAAAGGACAAAGCUGUUCCAGCUGACCACGGUUUAGUACUGCUUUUCCAACCAUUUUCAGGGAAGUGGACACAGAUAGUCGGAGUCUUUGCAUCAUCAGGAAAUGUGAAGGAAAAUAUCCUAUCGAAGAUCAUUAUUGAUGCUAUCCUACAGUGUGAGCAGGCAGGCCUGAAGGUUGACUAUCUCUGUUGUGACGGGGCAGCCUGGAAUCGGAGCAUGUGGAAACGAUUCGGCAUUAAGGCUACAUCCAGCGACAUCAAGUGCUGCGCUCCUCACCCCGUCGACUUGAACAGGUUCCUUUAUUUUGUGUCGGAUUUCCCACACCUGCUCAAGUGUCUGCGAAACAUGCUGCUCAAGUGUGGUUUUGAUACACCACAUGGAAGGAUUCCGCUCUUCGGAGGCAGCUUACAUAGAGGAGUUCCUGAGCUUCUUGAACGUCUGGGAGCAACAUGCAAAAAGUGGCGGGUUCCUGAGCAAGAGUACUGCGGAAGGACUGAGAGUCACCCUCAAGAGCACUACAAGCCUUCUGGAAUACUUAUCAUCUCAUGGCUAUCGCUAUCUGAUGACCGCAAGACUCAGCCAGGACAGUUUGGAACGUGUUUUUGGCAUAAUCAGACAGACAUUUGGACCGAAUGAUCAUCCAACACCAACACAGUUUUUAGUAGCAACAAACUGUUUCAGUUUUUAUAACUUGGCAAAAUCUCCUGUUGGAUGUGCAGUUUCAGAGGGGAUUGUGUCAUCCCUUCUAAGCACCGCAGAAGGAGCUUCAUCAACUGGAGACCUGGAUGCUCUCAUGGAUGCCGGAGACUUGGACUGUGUGCAACAAAGGAUGGACUCUGACCACAUGUCCUGUGUUCAACAGAAGAGUGACUCGCGCUUGAUAUAUUAUGUUGCAGGGUAUACAGCAAGGAAAUCUCUUGCCACUCUUAACUGUGCGGAAUGUUCCGCUUCUUGUUUGAGGGAUUCUCCUGUAAGGGACCCCCUCCAUCCUUCCAGCUUUACGCAAGCCAUUGACCGUGGAGGCCUUUUAUAUGUUACGGAAAGGUUUUACAAACUCAUCGAGUAUCUUGAAGGGGCUUUCACUAAUGUCUUUAGUUUGCAUGAGCUGAACUCCGAGAGUGUACUGGAUGUGCUCAAUUGUAUAAGGGGGCACAUUCCAGCAGUGGGAUGCGAGAUUCAUCAAGUGUCGCUAACUCAGAAAAUAACGAAGUUCUAUAUCAUAACGAGGCUGCACUUCUAUGCAAAAGGUGUAAAUCAAACGCGGAAGGAAAAGAGGGCAAGGCUGAGGUUAUCUAAACAAAGCCGCCUUUUAUAAGCUAUCUUCUUUGUGCCCAGUGCUUUGCAAUGUUCACUUGUAUUUGCUCUUCAUGGAUUUUAGUUUGUGAAGGUACACUUCCCGAGAUUCAUGUACAUACGUUAGCAUUCUUGCUCAGCUGUGAUGCUUUUUUUAUGGGUUUGCCUGACGAAGUGGAAGCGUUUUCAGAAUAAAAGUACCUGUAGUA